AUGGUUGUCCACAACGUCAAGAGCAAGGAGGAGUUCAACGACGCCCUCAAGGAUAACCCGCUCGUUAUCCUCGACGCCUUCGCUACCUGGUGCGGUCCCUGCAAGGCUAUCGCCCCCAUUCUGGCCAACCUGUCCAACACCAAGGAGCACAAAGGCCUCCACUUCGUCAAGAUUGACGUCGACGAGGUUCCCGAUCUGAGCCAGGACCUUGGUAUCCGCGCCAUGCCCACUUUCCUUAUCUUCAAGAACGGCGAGAAGAUCGAGGAGGUUGUUGGUGCCAACCCCAACGCCCUUACUGCCGCUGUCAAGAAGUUCGCCCUUGAGUUCCCUGCUCCGGCUGAAGCCGCAGACGAGACCAAGGCCGAGUAA